GCGGGCGCUGCGGCCUGGGGCGAGCCGGGAGCCCUUUCCACGUUUGCAACGCGGCUGCGGCGCACCCAGCCUUGCCCCUCGGCGCUCCAGUCCAGGCCGUGCGAUGGCGUUCGGGGCCCGGGGCUGGCGGCCCCGGUCGCUGCUCCUGCUGCUGCUCUGGGUGACCGGGCAGGCGGCGCCCGUGGCGGGCCUGGGUGUGAGCUCGGAGCUUCAGAUCGAGCGCCGCUUCGUGCCUGACGAGUGUCCGCGCACGGUGCGCAGCGGCGACUUCGUGCGCUACCACUACGUGGGAACUUUCCCCGAUGGCCAGAAGUUCGACUCCAGCUAUGACAGAGACUCCACCUUCAAUGUGUUUGUGGGAAAAGGCCAGCUGAUUGCAGGGAUGGACCAAGCCCUGGUCGGGAUGUGCGUAAAUGAGAGGCGUUUCGUGACGAUCCCCCCAAACCUCGCCUAUGGAAGUGAAGGAGUUUCUGGUGUGAUCCCUCCAAACUCGGUACUUCAUUUUGAUGUGCUCCUGAUGGAUAUUUGGAAUUCUGAAGACCAGGUUCAGAUUCAGACAUAUUUCAAGCCCCCUACUUGUCCUCGGACUAUCCAGGUGUCUGAUUUUGUGAGGUACCAUUACAACGGAACGUUCUUGGACGGGACACUGUUUGAUUCCAGCCACAAUCGCAUGAAAACCUACGACACGUACGUAGGAAUUGGAUGGCUGAUUCCGGGAAUGGACAAAGGGCUGCUGGGCAUGUGUGUUGGGGAGAAACGUAUCAUCACCAUCCCUCCUUUUCUGGCCUAUGGAGAAGAGGGAGAUGGGAAAGACAUCCCUGGGCAGGCGUCCCUAGUCUUUGAUGUUGCAUUGUUGGACCUCCAUAACCCCAAGGAUAGUAUUUCCGUUGAGAACAAGGUGGUCCCUGAGAACUGUGAUCGAAGAAGUCAGAGUGGGGACUUCCUCAGGUAUCAUUACAACGGCACACUUCUGGAUGGCACCCUCUUUGAUUCCAGCUACUCACGGAACCACACCUUUGACACAUACAUUGGGCAGGGCUAUGUGAUUCCUGGGAUGGAUGAAGGCUUACUUGGUGUUUGCAUUGGAGAGAGGCGAAGGAUUGUGGUCCCUCCUCACCUGGGCUAUGGAGAAGAAGGAAGAGGGAACAUUCCUGGCUCAGCUGUGCUGGUGUUUGACAUCCAUGUGAUUGACUUCCACAACCCUUCGGAUUCCAUCAGCAUCACUUCCCACUACAAGCCUCCUGAUUGCUCGGUGCUGAGUAAGAAGGGGGAUUACCUGAAAUACCACUACAAUGCCUCACUCCUGGAUGGGACUCUGCUGGACUCCACGUGGAACUUAGGCAAAACUUAUAACAUUGUGUUGGGAUCUGGACAAGUCGUGCUGGGGAUGGACAUGGGUCUCAGAGAAAUGUGCGUGGGAGAAAAGCGAACAGUGAUCAUUCCACCCCACCUGGGCUAUGGAGAGGCCGGUGUAGAUGGAGAGGUGCCUGGCAGUGCCGUCCUAGUGUUUGACAUUGAACUGCUGGAGCUCGUGGCUGGCCUUCCGGAGGGGUACAUGUUCAUAUGGAAUGGCGAAGUGUCUCCCAACCUCUUUGAAGAAAUCGACAAGGAUGGCAAUGGGGAAGUCCUCCUGGAGGAGUUCUCAGAGUACAUUCAUGCCCAAGUGGCCUCAGGCAAAGGGAAGCUGGCUCCCGGCUUUAAUGCUGAAAUGAUCGUGAAGAACAUGUUCACCAACCAGGACCGGAAUGGAGAUGGGAAGGUCAUGGCCGAGGAAUUUAAACUCAAGGACCAGGAAGCCAAACAUGAUGAACUGUAAGCCUGACACGAACCAGUUUGUGCCAAGGAGUGCAUGACACCAAGUGACCUGUCAUGGCAGAGCAUGCUGUCAAGGUGUGAAGGUUUCUAGGAAGGUAUGACGUUAGCAAGUAGUAGGUGGGCCGUGUAGUACCUGGUGCAUACAUUGGGGUGGGUUGAUGUCUGUGGUGAGAACUUGGGCAGAUUUCAAGUGAUAGUAAAUAGAAUCUGUGCAGAGGGCCUUGACAAUGGGGAAGUCUGCGCUGCCAAACUGUAUUUAUGGGUCUUCUGGGAAGUUGUGUUACUAAAGGAACAUUAUUUCAUAGAAGGCAUAGCUGUUAUGGAGGAAACAGAAGUGCCAGGUGUCUACCUAAAGAGAAUUAUUUUUUUUAAUCUUGCUGGUGUCUUAAAAAAGGGUUCACUAUAUGGGCAGCAAGAGAGCAUAAAUGCUCCUGCAAGGUUCCCUGACAGCAGCAAGUGCUCUUCUUAGUGCCCUGCACAAGCUCUGGUGAUACCAGGCCCUGUGCACCACCCAUGCAAAUCCCCAUUUCAUGCUUUUCCAGUUCACGCCCUACACUGGCCGCUCUCUACUUGGUAGUGUAACUUGAAGGUUUAACAGGAGCUUCCUGGAUAGAAAAACACACAGACCAGGUGGAAGCUGUCUUAGCCCACGAGUAGAGGAUUUGGCCUGUUUUUGCUCUGUAGGAGUCUUUGCUUGGCUCUUCCUUACCUUUGUGACACCGUCCCAUAGGGCUCUCUCUCCACUCUCCUUUCCUUCGGUUAGAUAGAUCCAUGUAGGGCUGACGCUGGGUCUCACUGCUCAGCCAACAGAAAAUUCUACUGUGACUAAAGUGGACGUGUUAUCCCAACAAAUGAAGAUGACAUUUUUCUGCCACUCAUUUGUGUCUUGGAGGGCAAUUUGAGGUCUCCUGCUGUAGCAAAGUACUAACAUUGUUCAGGCCAGACCGUUCCCACGCCAUGUGGCAGCCAUGUUCCUGCCUUAUGUCCUGUUCCCAAGUGGUGUUGGCACUUACCCUGAAGUAAUCAAGGUUUUUCCUUUUGAAAUGGCUUUUUGAACAAAUUGAAACUGUUUUGUACUGAUGUUGCCCCGAGAUAGUUCAUGCAAAUGCUGUGCACUUGUUCAAUGGAAUUAAUGUUGGAAACCUGACUUUUUUUUCUGAUAUAAAAUGUUGAAUCUUA